AUGGAAUGGUGCAAUCAAAGCACAUCCGUCAAAUAUUUGUUCAAAUACAUCAACAAAGGCUAUGAUAGAAUAACUGCUACAAUUGUCAUGAAUGAAGAUGGAUCUGUUUUGCAACAUGACGUCGUCGAUGAGAUAAAGCAGUAUAUUGACUGUAGGUACGUUUCUCCAAGUGAAGCUGCUUGGAGAAUUUAUGCUUUUCCUAUUCAUGGAAGAAAACCAGUUGUAGAAAGACUUCAUUUUCAUGUUGAGGGACAAAAUUUUGUUUUCUAUAUUGAUGUCAGCCCUAUUACCACAGUCCUUGAUAAACUGAGCGUUACUGAGUCAAUGUUUACAUCUUGGUUUGAAGCCAACAAGAAAUACGAUGAAGCGCGCAAACUAACGUAUAGCAAUUUUGUUUCGAAGAUGAUGCUAACACAUGUUAAAGGACCGAAAAUCUAUGAUGAAAUAAAGACAGUAAACAAUGUGAAGUACGAUACUUUCCGUGAUGCAUGUUUUGCUAUGGGAUUUAUUGGGGAUGAUCGAGAAUUCAUAUCUGCAAUAACAGAAGCAUUUCAUUGGGGUUCUGGACAUUAUUUGAGAUUACUUUUUGUUCACAUGUUAUUGUCAAGUAGCAUUAAUAGGCCUAAGCAUGUCUGGAGUAAAACUCGACAUCUGUUAUCUGAUGGAAUUCUUUAUUCUCAGCAAAGGAUUGCAAACAACAGAGGUCUGCGACUAACAAAUGAAGAAAUUCUGAAUUUAACAUUAAUUGAAAUUGAAAAACUUCUUCGGCGAAGUCGAAAGAGUUUAAGUGAUUUCCCUGGAAUGCCAAAACCACAGGAUGAACAAAGAGAUGUUUUCAAACAAAUCUUGACGGCUGUUGAUACCCAGAACGGAGGCGUAUUCUUUCUGUAUGGAUACGGCGGUACAGGCAAAACAUACAUGUGGAGAACAUUAGCUUCUUACAUAAGAUCAAGAAGACAAAUAUGCUUGACAGUUGCCUCUUCAGCUUUGGAUAAAACCCUCAGAGACAUCAUGGGUGGAUCCAGGUCAUCAGAUAAAAUAUUUGGUGGUAAGGUAAUUGUGUUUGGUGGCGAUUUUAGACAGAUUCUACCGGUUAUUCCAAGAGGCAGCCGUUCAGAUAUAAUUCAUGCAACUAUCAAUUCAUCAUACAUUUGGGAUCAUUGUAAGGUUUUGAAACUUACAAAAAACAUGAGGCUUCAGCAAUCUGGGGCGACUACGUCAGCUUCCGAGUUAGAACAGUUUUCAAAUUGGAUAUUAAAAGUUGGAGAUGGAAAACUAGUAGAAACUACUGAUGGCUAUGCUGAUAUUGAUAUUCCAGCAGAUAUUUUGAUAUCAAAUUUUGAUGAUCCCCUUCGAGCAAUAUUCCAAAACACUUAUCCAAAUUUUGAAGCUAACUUCAAUAAUGUAGCUUUUCUGCAGUCAAGGGAAAUAUUGGCUGGAACAAUUGAGACAGUAGAUGAAAUAAAUCACUAUGUAUUAGAUAAUCUCCCAGGGGACGAAAAGGAAUACUUAAGCUCUAAUUCAGUCGAUACGCAUGAUGGUGAUGGCAAUGAAUCUUUUGAUGUUUUAAAUCCUGAGUUUUUGAAUGCAUUGAGAACGUCAGGCCUUCCUAAUCAUAAUAUCAAAUUGAAAGUAAAUACUCCAAUCAUGCUGCUCAGGAAUAUUGAUCAAGCAGAAGGUUUAUGCAAUGGAACACGUCUAAUUGUUACAAGAUUGGCUGAUCAUGCUAUUGAAGCCAAAAUAAUUUCAGGCAAGAACAUCGGCGGUAUCAUUUAUAUUGCGCGAAUGGACAUUACUCCAACGCAAUCGCCAUGGCCAUUCAGGAUGACACGAAGACAGUUUCCUAUAACGGUCUGUUAUGCUAUGACUAUUAAUAAAUCUCAAGGUCAGUCGUUGGAUCAUGUUGGCAUAUAUUUGCCGAGGAGCGUGUUCAGCCAUGGCCAGUUUUAUGUUGCAGUUUCAAGAGUAAAGAGCAGAAAAGGCCUUAAAAUCUUGAUCCAUGAUAAGGAUAAACAUCCAUUGACCACCACAACAAAUGUGGUCUUCAAAGAAGUGUUUGAAAUUUUGUAG